AUGGCUCGGUCUUUGGCUAUCCCCGCCGGGCUGGCGAGCUUGCUAUUGCUCGCGGUCCGGGUUGACGCCCACGGUAUUGCGGAUGGUCUUGCAGUCUAUCCUGGGGGAGCCGCAGGAGGCACAUACUAUCGAGGAUACAAUCCAUCAUUUCAGUAUGAGAAGCCGCCUCCAGAGGUAGCAGAGUGGUCGACACCCCAGAACCUCCAAAACGGCUUCGUAGCUCCCGCUGCCUACAACACACCAGACAUCAUCUGCCACCUUGGCGCCACCCCCGGAGCCGUAGCCAUACCGGUCAACGCCGGCGACGAGCUCGGCAUCCACUGGGAUACCUGGCCCGACUCGCACAAGGGGCCCAUCGUCGACUCUCUGGCCAACUGUGAAGGAGCAUGCCAAAAUGUCGACAAGACCAAACUCAAGUUCUUCGACAUCAGCCGCGAAGCCGUCAUCAACGCCGCAUCCGAUCUCUGGGCCCCCAACGUCCUCAUCAAGAACGACCUCACCUGGUUCGUCAAGAUUCCCGAGAGCAUCGCGCCCGGCAACUACGUUCUCCGCCACGAGAUUGUCGCCCUCCACGCUGCCGGUCAGCCCAACGGCGCGCAAAGCUAUCCGUUUUGCUUCAAUCUCGCUAUUUCUAGUAAGGGGACGGAUCACCCGGAAGGUCGGACGUUUGAGGGGUAUUAUAGUCAGAACGAGGUGGGCAUUGUGUGGGAUCUGUUUGGCAAAUCUGCUGCGGAUUACAAGAUUCCUGGGCCAGCAGACAAUCUGUACUCCAAGGCCGAGGUCGCCUCCCAGCGCAAGCCCAGUAUCACCGCCACCGGCACCUUCGUCAAGUCACUCGACCUCGCCGCUCUUCCCAAGGAAACUUCUUCCGCAGAGGAGGAGGCAUCCACCUCCGAGGCUGCUGCCUCCAAUACAGAGGUCGCAGAGGAGACUCCUGCCUCACCCACGAACGCCGGCACCACCACUGAUAGCGUCCAGGUAAACCCUCCAUCUCCCACUGCCGCCACGUCCGAGAAGGAAAGCACCCCUGCCGCCUCGAGCGAAGAAGCUCCGUCCCAGACAUCCGAGAGUCCGGUCUCAUCAUCCGAGGCGCCGGCUAGUAACUCGAUUGCUGCGGCGGUAGUGUAUAGCACGGUGUAUAUCACCCAUAGGGUUACGGUUACUCAGGUUGAUACGACGACACUUUUCGCUACUGUUACGCUUCCACGGCCUUAG